UGCAUACCACCAACUAGCUGGGUAGCUGAAGCCCGGCUGAUCAAGCGUCCCGACCAGACGGCGCUUUUAUCGACAUCCUUUCGCCUGCUUGCGCCCUCGUCCCCAAUCUCCCCGCACUUUUUCCUCGUCCAUCCCCCUUCAUCGCAUUGCUCCCAUCAGCCUCGACACAACAUAGCCAAAAUCAGCAGGACACAUGGCCACCGAGACCAUUCACGAAGAAGCCCCGAACACCACGGCCAUGGCCGAGCAGACCGACGCCCGUGACGCGAAGCCCGUGGCAGAGAACGGCAAGGAACAGAACCAGAAUGCACCACAACCACCCCAGAAACCUCAGAAGUCGCGACACAGAGCCUCAGUCGCAUGUGCUUCGUGCCGAGAUCGCCGGAUUCGCUGCGUCGUGCCUCCAGGACAGAAAGACUGCACGCAGUGUAAGCGAUCGGGUGUGGAAUGCAUAAUCAAGAAUGACGACGAGCGGCGGAGACCAAUUUCUCGAGCAUACAUGUGCUCGCUCACAGAUCGAGUAGCUUUGCUGGAACACAUGCUUAAAGAGCAGGGCGUAGAUGCGCCUCCAGCAAACCACCCACCCAAGACCCGCCACCCACCGCGCGACCAAGAUCUCUCCCCCAGCCGCAAAGCCACAGAAACACAGCAACACCAUAAUGACCACUCCAGUCCCGGAAGCCAACCGAGCCCACAAGACGACUUUGCCGACGCAGACCACCACGAGCACGACACCAGUAGCCACCACGGCGAAACAGAUAGCACGGGAUCGCCGUCCAUGCUUCCUCCGCCGAAGAAGGACGGCAUGGUAAGCAGACUUCUCUCCACCCGCGGACACCUCAGCUUCGACCAACUCAGCGGCCGGCUGCGAUACUUCGGCCCUACAACGAACUGCCACGUGCACUCCGAACUCGGCAACCCCAUGGACACCGAACAACAAGUCUCCGAGCAAGCACGGCGCGCCGAGAAGAUAAUCCGCUCUCUCCCCAUGGAGACAUACGACUACCUUAUGCAUCUCUUCUGGCAGUGCUACAACCCCGUCAUCCACGUGCUGCACCAGGAAGCCUUCAACGAGGAUCGCGAAGCCGGGAGAACCCAGUUCUACUCGGGCUUCUUGCAUGUUUGUGUGCUGGCGAUGGGGUACCGGUUUGCCGAUAAGCAGAGAAGUGAUAUGCAGAAGAUUUCGUGUCCGCAGAUGGAGAGCACACUACAUAGGGAGGCCAAGUAUAUGCUAGACCAUGAAUUGGAGAGGCCGGGUGGGAUUCCGUCGGUUGUUGCACUUCUCCUCUUGGGAGACCUGGAAUGCGGGGUCGGCCGAGACAACAUAGGCUGGCUUUACGGUGGCCUUGCAGUCAGACUCGCGUUUGACAUUGGUCUCCACCUUGACUCGCGGCUUUCCGGGCUCCCAGAACGAGAGGUCCAGAUUCGGCAGAUGACGCUUUGGGCUUGUGUCAUUUACGACAAAUACUGGGCGCUGUUCCUUGGGCGACCCACGAGUAUGAAGAGCGCCGACCUCGAAAUAUAUAGCCUAACCAAGCAGUUCGAACGCCUAGGAACAUGCCGACCCGCCGGUCCCGAAAAGAGCUUGGAAACACAGAUCUACGAGGCCCUCCUCGACCUCAUGGAGCUCGCAGGCAAGAUCACCGAGAACAUGGAUCCGCGAUCGCAGAGUCCCGAUUCCAUCAUCGACAGAAACCAGUACCUCCGCAUGGCAGCGCUGGACCGCGAGUUCAGCACGUGGUAUGCUCGACUGCCAGAGCAGCUCCGGUGGACGCCAGCGAACAUCGCCACCGCCCCGUUCUCGUUCUUCCUGCUGCACCAGCAGUAUCAUAGUUCGCUUAUUCUGCUUCAUCGCCCGUUCGCCAUGUACGAAGACCAUAACAACCAGAGCUACGAGGGGAACGGGCCGGACGACCACUUCUCCGCGCUAUCCCGCACUGUGUGCACUAAGCAUGCAAUCCGCGUGGCUAGAAUCUUUUGGCAGCACCGUCAGCGCUUCGAUACUAAGCAGAUAUUCGUCACGGGACUGCAGCAUGCGGGCACUGCCGCAACCGCGCUCGUCGCGGCUCUAGCGUUCAUCAAAGACCCUAACGAUCGGAACAACAACAUGCAAUACCUGGAAUGUCUCUCCGCCGCCCUCCACGACAUGGCCUACACGUAUCAGCCGGCAGAACGCAUGUCCGUCGUCCUGCGCGCCGUCAUGGUCGAGCUCCGUGGCGAAGGCCCCGAUAUCAGCAGCUUGAAGCUAUACAAGCCCAAGUCCUCCUUGGUCCCUGCGCGCCGCGGCUCUACGAACGAUGCCAACGACCCGCCGCUGUUCAAGAAGCGGCAGACAAGUCGGCCGCGGGCGGGAACCGGCGUGAGUAAGAAGCGCAGUAUGAGCAUGAGCACGAGCGUGACGAAUAUCGAUUUGACGAUCAAGCCGGUGCCGUGUCCGCCCCGAUUCGAUGCGGAGAAUGAGAGGGGUGAUGGUUUUAUUAUGGUGACGCCUCACUCCGAAAUCUCAUCCUGGCACCCACUAUCCGAGACUCUUGGCUUGGAGCAUACACUCCAGACGCCUUCCACCUCCACUCUCUCAACCUCAGGGCCUCGAAACGCGUGGAUGGGCGCGGAGCUCGAUACGUCAGAUUCGAUCUCGCAGCUGGCAAAUGUUCACUUCCCCGAGAUACCAGCACUCAGUGAGGCAGAUAAUAUGAACCACCUGGACUUUCUGAGCUUAGCUGAUGGAGGGGGCGAAUGGGGAGGUGAGUGGCGGCCGAACUUGGGGAGCGAUCUGGACGGGUUUCCGCCGCAGGGGAGCUUUGGCAUGGGAUUUGGGAGUAUGUUGAGUGGGUAGAUAAGCGAUUGAUGAGAAAAGUUUCUUUGCCGUUCAUAUUUAUUUCGUUGUCUGGGACGAUUGCGCCGGGGGACGGUAUUUGUCUUUGGAACUAUGGAAUGGAACGGCCGUGACGGUCACUACUAUUGGUUUUGGGCGGGUA